AUGCUAUUCGCAUCCAACAUCAGCAAAGCCUAUUCCGAGCGGACCCUGUUCAGCGGGUUGAGCCUGUCGAUGGCUGCGGGCGACCGCAUCGCCCUGAUCGGGGCCAACGGCUCCGGCAAGACGACGCUGCUGGACAUCCUCGCCGGCGAUACUCUGCCGGAUGCGGGCGCAAUCUCCGGGCGGCGCAACACCACGGUAGGAUACCUGAAGCAGGAACCGCCGCCGUUCGCGGGCCGGUCACUGCUCGAGGAGGUGCUGACCGCCAACCUGGAAGUGGUCGCUCUGUCCGAUCGGAUUGCCGCGGCCAGGGAAGACCUGUCAGCGACCACCGACCCGGCGGAACAGCGCGAUCUGAUGGAUCUCCUGUCGCGGCUCGAUGUGGAGCUGGAGGCCGCCGGGGGAGCCGACCGCGACCAUGAGGCGAAGGCGAUCCUGUCCGGCCUGGGUUUCAAGGAGCAUGAUUUCUCCCGCGUCAUGGGCGAGUUCAGCGGGGGCUGGAUCAUGCGGGCCGAGCUGGCCCGGUUGUUGUUCCGAAACCCGGACCUGCUGUUGCUGGACGAGCCGACGAACCAUCUGGAUCUCGAAGCCAACCUGUGGUUCGAGAAGUACCUGGCCUCUUUUCCCGGCGGAGUGGUCAUAACUUCCCACGACCGCGCCUUCCUGAACCAGGUUGCCAACCGGAUUCUCGCCAUCGAGCCGGCAGAGGUGGUGAACCACCGCGGGAACUACGACGACUACCUGGUUGCCCGGGAACGCGCGCUGGAAAUCAAACAGGCCGCCGCUGCCCGCCAGGAACGCGAGAUGCAGAGGCAGAUGCGCUUUGUCGAGCGGUUCCGCUACAAGGCAACCAAGGCCAGGCAGGUGCAGAGCCGGCUGAAACGGCUGGAACAGGUUGAGAUCAUCGAACUGCCUCGGGCGACCCGGAGGAUCAACUACUCGUUCCCCGAGCCGCCACGGAGCGGCACCGACAUCAUCAGGCUGGACAACGUAGCCAAAUCCUACGGCGACAACGUGGUAUAUCGCGGUUUGAACCUGACGCUGGAACGUGGGGAUCGCAUUGCGCUGGUUGGGCCGAAUGGGGCCGGCAAGACGACGCUGCUGAAGAUCCUCGCCGGCGCGCUGGCCGUUGACCAUGGGGAACGCCGGCUCGGUCAUAACGUGAUCACCGCCUACUAUGCCCAGCAUGUGCUGGACCUGCUCAGCGCCGACAAUACCGCCCUUGCGGAGUUGCAGGAGGCCGCGCCGUCGGAAUCGGAGCAGAACCUGAGAACCACCCUGGGCGGCUUUCUGUUCAGCGGCGACGACAUUCUCAAGCCGGUAUCCGUGCUGUCCGGCGGUGAAAAGGCGCGGGUGGCUCUGGCCAAGCUGCUGCUGCAACCCAGCAAUUUUCUGCUGAUGGACGAGCCGACCAACCACCUGGACAUAGCGUCCCGGGAGAUCCUGGCCGACGCUCUAGGCGAUUACCACGGGUCCAUCUGCCUGGUGACUCACGACCGCACCCUGAUCCGGCAGGUGGCCAACAAGAUAAUUGAGAUUGACGGAGGACUGCCCCGGGUCUUUCCCGGCGACUAUGACGGCUAUCUGUAUCGCAAGCAGCAGGAGGCGGAAGCGCGACCCGCUCCCGCAGCUGCCACGGACAAUACACUGGUCACCGCGGAAAACGCCCCUACUACCACGCGACGGUCGCGGAGACCCCUCACCGUCAAAGAGGAAGAGGAGCGAUCCCUGGGUCGGCGGGCCCGGCAGCUGGCGACCCGCAUCGACGAGAUCGGCGCCGCCAUUACUGAGCGCGAGGCUGCCACUUCAGAGCUGGAAGUAAUGUUCGCCGACCCGGAGCGAUUCGCGGACCGGAGCCAGUUGGAGGAUACCGGCGAGCGGUACCGGACGCUCAAGGAGGAGGAGCAGUCCCUGUGGGACGAAUGGGAGCGGCUGUCGCUGGAGGCGGAGGACGUGGACCGGACGUUGGUCGCGCUCAAAGCCAACUGA